AUGUCGUUCAACCAAAAUAAAAGAUCAAGAGGAGGACCAAACUGGUCUGAGCUUAAGCCAGAACUCCUGGAAUCCAUUGCUUCUAAGCUCUCUUGCCCUGACAUUCAACGUUUCAAGUCGACUUGUUCUUCUUGGCGUAAUGCUGCCGAAUACAUCAAAUCAGGACCACUUCUUCUUGUUCCAUCCACUCAAGAAGACCAAGAAACAAUUCGGCUUGGCGUAUUCAGUGUCAAAGACAAGACAACACAUGACCUCAAACUGAUUGUUAAUAAAUCUGAGGACAUUUUAAACUCUCCUGAAGAGAUUCAUUUUGUGGGAUCCUCUCAUGGAUGGAUGAUAGUGGUAGACAAAAUGGGAGAGCCCUUUUUGUGGAAUCUGUUUUCCAGGGAUCGGAUUGAUCUUCCAGGGAAAAGCAAAAUUCAGGGACUGCCAAAAUCCCUGAUGCAGUCUUAUUCACCUGUUACAAAGCAGAGGUUCUUCAUACAUAAAGCAAUUUUAACUGCAAAUCCUUCCUGCACUACUGAGAAUUACGUAGUCGUUAUUAUACAUGAUUUUAGCAAGAAAUUAGCAUUUUGCAGCAAAGGCGACGGCACCUGGACCGGGUUUGGUGAUUCGAAAGAUUAUUAUGAUAUCAUGUAUUCUGGCGAGAUGUUGUAUUCUUUGAGAGAGAAAGCCACAAUUGAAGGAUGGCAGUUUUCAGAAACUUCAUCUGAUCCGAUUAAAAAGCUUUGCAUAAAACCCUCUUUCAAUGCGAAUAUGAACCUCUCCAGUGAUCGUUGCACUAGUCAAUGGUAUUUGGUGCCAUCAAAUGGGGAAAUUUUGUUCAUCGUGAGGUACAUUGGGGAAUUUGUUAAUGAAAAAUGCGAGCUACUCUGUGAGGCAGAACUACCUGAUGAUGGUGAUCAAAUUUGCUGUUACAGAACAAUCAAGUUUGAAGUGUAUAAAUUAGAUAGGAUUAAAGAGAAGUUGGUUAGGGAGACAUCCUUGAAGAAUCAAUUGGUUUUUGUGGGUGGAAAUCAUGGGAUUUCACUUCCAUUUAAGGAUUAUCAAGGGUUCAAGCCGAAUUCAAUCUACUUCACGGAUGAUUAUUGGGAUAGGAUAUAUAAAGAUUACUAUUAUGGAGGCCAUGAUAUUGGUGUAUUUAGUUUGGAAGAUGAGAGGAUUAGUGAGGUUUAUGAGUGUGAUUCCCGGUUUGAACCUAUACCUUUUUGGGUUCUUUCUAAUUAGUAGUAGUGUUAUUUGUAUUCUUGAUAGGUUUUUACUUCAUCAAGAAAAUUUUUAUCAAGUAUUUUGUUGGAAUCUAUAUACAAGCUUUGGAUUGGCAUGAUUUGCUUAAAGUCCC